AUGGUUCCGCGUCCCCUUCUUGUUGAGGUCCCAGAAUAUGUGGACUCCGUUGAGGACGGUGGCGAGAUCAAACUGGUCGAUUCGCACGAAAAGACAGUCUCGUGUUUCUACAGUCUGUGGUCGCUUUUCCACGGACGCCACAAGGUUGCUCUGACUGAAACAGAGACAAAGGCGGAGCAGAUCUACAACGAGCUGAAAUAUGAGAAGCCCGUGGCUGUUGACCGCGUGGACACCACGAGCAGGCUGACACGUUUGAGAAGUUUGAUGAGAUCCUUCGAAAUCGGCGUCUAUAUUGUUCCGUCGCAGGACGAGCAUCAGAGCGAGUACACUUCUCCCAAAGACCAACGCCGCGAAUUUAUUUCCGGCUUCACCGGAAGCGCUGGAGUGGCCGUGGUGUCACAGGACGACGCUGUGUUGUCGACUGAUGGCCGCUAUUUUCUCCAGGCAGAGCGGCAGCUGGACAAAAAUUGGACUUUGCUGAAACAAGGAGUCCGAGGAGUUAUGACUUGGCAGCAGUGGUGUAUUGAGAACGCAAAACUGUCCAAAUUCAAAACGAUUGCUGUUGAUCCACGGCUGGUGGACCACAAACUUGGAAUGUUUCUCCAGGAAAGAUGCCACAGUGCCAACAUCGAGUUCCUGCCCCUGAUGGACAAUUUGGUCGACAAAGUGAUGAAGUUCGAGCACUACACGCCGCCUGUGCCUAAGUUGGACUAUAUUUUUGAGCACGAAAUGCGCUUCGCAGGUGAGCACGCCGCAAGCAAGAUCGCGCGUGUCCAGGACUAUCUUCGAGAGACUGAUGCUUUUGCCCUGAUCGUGUCGCAGCUUGAGGAAGUGGCGUGGCUUUUUAAUCUCCGUGGCAGCUCUAUCCCGUACAAUCCUGUGUUUUUCUCCUAUGCCAUUGUCAAGCUGGAUGGCGUGGAACUGUUUCUGGAUAAGUCGAAGCUGACUCCAAAGGUUUCCAAAUAUUUGUCCACAAUUGCCAAUCUUACAGUUUGCAGCUACUCGCAAUUUUGGGAUAGCAUCCCUGCCCUUACAAACAAAUCCAGUGACUCGCGCGUCGUGGUGCUUUCGAACAGUCCCAGCUAUGCUCUGUAUAUGAACGUUGCAGCCGCUUUUGAAGUCAGAAACCGGUCUCUUAUCACUGAAUUCAAAGGAAUCAAAAACCAAACGGAGAUUGAGGGCAACCGAUUCGCUCAACUUAAAGACUCGGUAGCACUGAUUCGCACGUUUGCCUGGCUGCACGAAGCGUUUUUACCUCCUCGGGCACAGGUAGACGAGAUAGAGGUUGCCACCAAAGCUGCCCAUUACCGGAACCUCAUGCCCAACUUCAAAGGACUCUCAUUUGAGACGAUUUCCAGCACGGGGCCAAACUCGUCGGUGAUCCAUUAUGCCCCGACUAUCGAAGACUUCUCUGUGCUUGAUCCUGAUAGUAUUUUUCUGCUGGACUCGGGUGCUCAGUAUUUGGACGGAACUACAGAUAUCACUCGCACACUGCAUUUCAGCAAGCCUAGCUACGACGAGAUAGAAAAAUACACUUUGGUGUUGAAGGGCCAUCUAAACGUUGCCAUGCUCAAGUUCCCGCCCGGAACGUCGUCGUCAUACAUUGAUUCCUUAGCUAGAAAGCCGUUGGCAGAAAAAGGACUCAACUAUAACCACGGCACGGGUCAUGGCAUUGAUACAUUUAUUUGUGUUCAUGCGGGGCCAUGCGGAUUAUCCCCCGCUGAGACGAGUUACAACUACAAGCCGCUGGAGCCGGGCAACUUUCUCAGUGACGAGCCGGGAUACUACAGAGAUAACGAAUUUGGUGUCCGGAUCGAGAGCAAUUUGCUCGUCGUCGAUAGCGAAGAUUCGGACGGGACCAAGGUGCUGGAGUUUGACUACUUCACUCUUGUCCCUUUCUGCAAGAACCUCAUUGACGUGAACCUCCUGGAGCCCGAGCAGGUUAGGUGGAUCAACGACUUUUACGACAGAAUCCGCGCCUCUACCAUUCCUAUACUGGAGAAGCUUGGCGACACCAGGGCAAUUGAUUGGCUACUCAAAGAGACAGAAAAAUUAUAG